AUGAUCCCUCCAGACUGUGGUUCGUGUUUUGCGAUGGCUGCCACAAGCGUCAUAGCUGACCGCGCCAACAUCAAGAGAGGUGGGGUCUGGCCUUCCACAUACCUCUCUGUACAGCACGUUCUGGACUGUGCGAAAGCGGGCAACUGUCAGGGCGGAAGUGACGCUGAAGUGUUUCGAUACGCCCAUACUCGCGGGAUUCCUGACGAGACUUGUAACAACUACCAGGCUAUAGUUCAGGAAUGUUCAUCUUUCAACCAGUGCGGUACGUGCACCAGAACUUCAAACUGCUUUUCGCUCAGCCAGUACAGAAGGGUUAGGGUCGGGGACCACGGAAGUGUGAGUGGGAGAGAGAACAUCAUGGCCGAGGUGCUCCACGCGGGGCCUGUCAGGUGGGAUCAUUGUCGUCGUCAUCGUUGUCGUCAUCUUGAAUCAGGGAUCAAGAUACAGUUUUCCAGAGCUUUGCUGGAAAUAGGUGAGAAUGGCUGGUUCAGAAUCGUCACCAGUAAAUACAAGGAAGGUAAAGGCGGCGAAUACAACCUGGAUAUAGAAGCAGGCUGCUACUACGGAGAUGUCAUUGUUUAGCAAGGACUCGCGUGUUUACGUCAGCACUCGAUGUGGUUGGCUGCGGAGGACUGGGCACUGGGGAAGAACGAUUGUAUUUAAAACAACAGGACCAAAAAAAUUCGUUCAAGGAGCAGCGACUGUUCAAAGCGAAUACCUCGUCUUUGUGGUAUUUGUCAUGGUCUCGGUACUCAAAGUAUUUAAUGUCUUUUUGCAGUUUACAGAGAAAGAUAGGCUCAAUAAAUCCCCCUCGGUAUUUUCAGUCUUAGGACUUUGAUGGUAACAUUUUGAAACAAAUUCUCCUUACUUGAAGCACCGGUUACCUGCACUUUGCUGUAGUUGGGAGCUACUUAACUUUUGAAUGAGAUCUUUUCUUUACUAUCUUUUGGCGAGUGUUUAAUAUGAGUUCGAGGUUUGCUUUCAGUCAUAAUUCAGACAUACAGUCUGGAAUGAAAAUUUGUGCCUGUUGGGGAAAGUUUUUAUUCUUGCGUGUGGUUUAAUCUCUAUUCUGCUUUUCGUCUCACACUGGCCACCCUGUCAAACAAGUCAGCCUUCAUCCCUGUCUGUGAGUGGUUGAUUCCUAUCAAACUGUUCAAUAUGUAAGUAAGCACAAUGAGGUGCUUCUCUUAUUUCACCUUGAAGAACGUAACAAAAUCUUCACCAUCUGAAUAUUUUUUUUUAGAUUGUAAACAGUUCUUCAACACAUGUACAGCUACUGUGUACUGAGUACCGGUAUAGGAAAAGGGCUGGCAAGUGUAUAUUUUUAGUUAAAAUUUUAUGGUUGGACCCCCCCCCCCUUCCCCACCAACAAAUAAAUGAAUAAUAAGUAAAUAAAUAAACAAACAAACAAACAAACAAAUAAAUAAAUAAAUAAAUAAAGCUCAAUUUCAGGGUGAAUUGGCUUGGCUCUGGUUCUUGAAAAAUCGAGAGUCUUGUCUAGCUAGCUGUGUUCGCUACUGUUAGCGAUUACACUAAGUUAAACUGUAACAAAGGGAUAUAGAUCUAAUAAUAUACUAGUCGCUGUUUCCCGCUCGGUGUUCCCAGGGAACAGUGACGUCAGAAGUCAUUCCUCAAGGAACUGCCGGUUGAUUAGUGUGGUUUCCUCUUUCUGCCUUUUCUUCCUAUUUUUUUCUCUCUUUUUUUCUUUGGUUUCUUCUUACUAUUAUUCGCAUUCUGCAGCUGAGUUUCGAUUUAUGAUGCUGUACUGCUUUAAAACUAUUCGAUAACGCUCAAUAUUAUAUUAAACAUAAACUGUAUUUUUACCUGUUAGCUCCUUUGAUUCCUAUACAGUACUGCAAGACCUGCUUUAUAAAUUUACCAAAAAGCCUGCCAUACAGCUCCGGGCAAAACAGCAAAGAGAUUAAUUGACUUAAUCGCUUUACUGAUAGUCCUGCUUUAAGUAUUAGUAUUAGCUUUCGUAUUCAUAUGAGUAUUCGUAUUCGUAUCGUAUUCCUAUUAGUAUUUGGUUUAGUACUAGUAUUAAUAAGAGUCUUACGGCACUUGUAACACAAUGAGGUCAUAUAUAACUGCCGAAGAUUAGAGGUGUUACAAUC